AUUACCCACAUGCUAUAUACAGAUUAAAUUAUCGUCAUAAGUCUCCUAAUAUCGCAAACAAACGUAAAAAUGUCGCGAGGUGGACGACCCCCUCCUGGUUUAGAUAACAUGGUUUCAUUGAAAGUAGAUAACUUAACAUACAGAACAUCACCGGAGACAUUAAAACGAUCGUUUGAGAAAUACGGAGACGUCGGCGAUGUAUACAUACCACGGGACAGAUAUUCCCGAGAAAGUCGUGGAUUUGCUUUCGUUCGUUUCUACGACAAACGAGACGCUGAAGACGCGAUGGAUUGUAUGGAUGGAAAGACCAUGGAUGGGAGAGUGCUGAGAGUUGCCAUGGCACGAUAUGGUCGUCCUACUGAGGAGAGGAGAGAUUCUGGGAGGAGAGGAGGAGGUGGAGGAGGGAUGAGGAGGAGAAGGAGGAGUUAUUCACGAUCACGCUCCCGAUCACGAGGAAGGAAAUAUUCACAAAGUGUUUCAAGAUCAAGGAGCAGAUCCCGUGAUCGUGAAAGAAGAAGAAGUCCUUCACAUGAGAGGCGCAGUCCAACUCCAUCUCCUCGUCGAUCAAGAUCAUAUUCAAGAUCACCAGCAGCCAAUGGAGAUUGAAGACUUGUCACCAACUUUAUCGUACCAGCAAAUAAUUUGCAUGGGUAGCAGUGCCGGUAGCAGUGGGAAUUAUGCAGUAGCAGACGAAGAAUUAAAUAGUAGCAGAUGCGUGUUGCUGUGCCGAGAAUCCGGUUAAUUUUAUGUUUGUUUCUUAUAAUAGUAAGUAAUUUUUUAAACAUACCGCAAAACUGUUGUUAAACAUUGUUAUUUUUUCUUGCACGGAGAACCUAUGCCCUUUCAAACUUGGUGUAUUUUUAAAACGAUGGUACUUGGUUAUGCUCAUUUAUUAUAGCCAAUUAACCACAUAAUAGACAUAAAUAUAAUAAUAUGAACCAUAACUAAUGCUUAUCUUUGAAUUUGUGAAUAUUUGAUAGAAUUUAUUUAAAGAUGUAAGUACAGAUUGGGACCUUUAUUUACUUACAACAUAGAGGUAAGUAUGUAUGUUGUGAUCUGUUUCGUCGUAAGUAUGUAUGUUGUGAUCUAUUUAAAACUUAACCCAAUUAACGGAUCCUUUUUUUUCAAGAAGGCACCUAAUUCACAAAGACUACGUAAGUGUUGAAUGGUACAGCUACAAAUUUCUACAUUUACGGUUGCCACUUUAUUAUUUUCCAAUUAUUAUUUUUCUUUUUUUUUAAAUAAUUGUUUGGAGAACUGUUGAUAAGAGUUUUUUAAUAAAAUAUGGUACUGUAAGACAUUUUUUGAACAGCGAUUUUGAGUAACAUUAUAAUCUGAAUCAUGUUAGUACUUUUUUAAAUCACUACUAUUGUCAUCAGAAUGUUCAUAAUCAGUAAAAAUGUUAUUUUU